AGCCGUUGAGGUAGGUUGAGUGAGGGCUCUUGGGUUAGUUCCUGUUAGGCCCCGGCCGGGGGAGUAGGUUGAAAUCUCUUAAGAUGCCCGGUGGGCUGGGGCACCGGGGGCUGUGAAGAAGGCGUGAGGGGGCGACGAGGGGAGACCGCGGCAGGCCCGAACGAGAGCGGCGGCCGAGCCCGCCUUCCCUGCACCAUGCUCAUAGAGGAUGUGGAUGCCCUCAAGUCCUGGCUGGCCAAGUUACUGGAGCCGAUAUGUGAUGCUGACCCUUCAGCUUUAGCCAACUAUGUUGUCGCACUGGUCAAGAAGGACAAACCUGAGAAAGAAUUGAAAGCCUUUUGUGCUGAUCAACUUGACGUCUUUUUACAAAAAGAAACUUCAGGUUUUGUGGAUAAACUAUUUGAAAGCCUCUAUACUAAGAACUACCUUCCGCCUUUGGAACCAGUUAAGCCUGAGCCAAAACCAUUAGUCCAAGAAAAAGAAGAAAUUAAAGAAGAGGUAUUUCAGGAGCCAGCAGAGGAAGAACGAGAUGGCAGAAAAAAGAAAUAUCCUAGUCCCCAGAAGACUCGUUCAGAGUCUAGUGAACGAAGGACACGUGAGAAGAAAAGAGAAGAUGGCAAGUGGAGAGACUACGAUAGGUACUUUGAGCGGAAUGAAUUGUACCGUGAGAAGUAUGACUGGAGAAGAGGCAGGAGUAAAAGCCGGAGUAAGAGCCGAGGCCUAAGUCGAAGUCGAAGCCGAAGUAGGGGGCGCAGCAAAGACCGGGAUCCAAAUAGGAAUGUUGAGCACAGGGAAAGAUCCAAGUUUAAGAGUGAAAGGAAUGACUUGGAGAGUUCAUAUGUGCCUGUGUCUGCACCGCCUCCAAACUCUUCGGAGCAGUAUUCCUCUGGGGCCCAGUCUAUUCCCAGCACUGUUACUGUGAUUGCACCUGCGCACCACUCAGAAAACACAACGGAGAGUUGGUCCAAUUACUAUAACAAUCAUAGCUCUUCCAAUUCUUUUGGUCGAAACCCACCACCAAAGAGGCGAUGCAGAGAUUAUGAUGAAAGAGGAUUUUGUGUACUUGGUGACCUUUGUCAGUUUGAUCAUGGAAAUGAUCCCCUGGUUGUUGAUGAAGUUGCUCUGCCAAGCAUGAUUCCUUUCCCUCCACCUCCUCCUGGGCUUCCUCCUCCACCACCUCCUGGAAUGUUAAUGCCUCCAAUGCCAGGCCCUGGUCCUGGCCCUGGCCCAGGCCCAGGCCCAGGUCCAGGUCCAGGUCCAGGUCCUGGCCACAAUAUGAGACUUCCUGUUCCCCAAGGACAUGGCCAGCCUCCACCUUCUGUUGUGCUUCCCAUACCAAGUAAGUAUAUGUUCAUUGACUGUUUAUUGCAGAAUUAUAUUUCAAAUAAUCCAUCCCUUUCAGCUAACUUGACACUACAUUUAAAGUUUUUGAAAAGUGAAUUAAUUAUAGAAUUUAGAAUAUAUUCCUAUAAUGAAUCCAGUUGCCCUCCUAUUCUUUCCUCUAUAGGACAGCCCAUGUACUCUCGUGAACAUGGUGCUGCUGCAUCUGAGCGACUUCAGUUGGGGACACCGCCUCCUCUGUUGGCAGCUCGUUUGGUGCCACCUCGAAACCUCAUGGGAUCCUCCAUUGGGUACCAUACCUCAGUCUCCAGCCCCACCCCUCUGGUCCCAGAUACAUAUGAACCAGAUGGUUAUAAUCCAGAAGCUCCUAGUAUUACCAGUUCUGGUAGAUCUCAGUACAGACAGUUCUUUUCGAGAACACAGACACAGCGCCCAAACCUGAUUGGCCUAACAUCUGGAGAUAUGGAUGCAAAUCCAAGAGCUGCUAAUAUUGUCAUCCAGACUGAACCACCAGUUCCUGUUUCAAUUAAUAGCAACAUAACCAGAGUAGUUCUUGAACCAGAUAGCCGGAAAAGAGCUGUGGGUGGCUUGGAAGGGCCACUCACAAAGAAACCUUGGCUUGGAAAGCAAGGGAAUAAUAAUCAGAGUAAACCAGGAUUCUUAAGAAAGAAUCAGUAUACGAAUACAAAGUUAGAAGUCAAGAAAAUUCCUCAGGAAUUGAACAACAUUACCAAGCUCAAUGAACACUUCAGCAAAUUUGGAACUAUUGUUAACAUCCAGGUUGCUUUUAAGGGAGAUCCAGAAGCAGCCCUUAUCCAAUAUCUUACCAAUGAGGAGGCCAGGAAAGCCAUUUCUAGCACUGAAGCUGUUCUAAAUAACCGAUUCAUUCGAGUCCUGUGGCAUAGAGAAAACAAUGAGCAACCAGCACUACAGUCCCCAGCACAGCUGCUCCUGCAACAACAGCAAACACUUAGUCACAUGUCACAACAGCACCAUCACCUGCCACAGCACCUUCAUCAGCAGUCUUCUACUGCAACGGUACAUGGAGGUAUCCAGAAGAUGAUGAGCAAACCACAGACACCGGGUGCAUAUGUUCUUAACAAAGUUCCUGUGAAACAUCGUCUUGGACACGCAAGUGCUAACCAGAGUGAUGCAGCACACUUGUUAAAUCAGUCAGGUGGUGCUGGAGAUGAUUGCCAGAUAUUUUCACCUCCAGGCCAUCCAAAAAUGAUUUACAGCUCUUCAAAUUUAAAGACUCCUUCAAAACUUUGUUCAGGGUCUAAACCUCAUGAUGUUCAAGAAGUUCUUAAAAAGAAGCAGGAAGCAAUGAAGCUACAACAAGAUAUGAGGAAAAAAAGGCAAGAAGUGUUAGAAAAACAAAUAGAAUGCCAGAAGAUGCUAAUAUCCAAGCUAGAAAAAAACAAAAACAUGAAACCAGAAGAGAGAGCAAAUAUAAUGAAGACUUUAAAAGAGCUUGGUGAAAAGAUCUCACAACUGAAAGAUGAAUUAAAAACAUCUUCUGCAGUCUCCACACCAUCGAAAAUGAAGACCAAAACAGAGGCCCAAAAAGAACUAUUAGAUACUGAACUGGACCUUCACAAGAGGCUGUCCUCAGGAGAAGACACAACAGAGUUACGGAAAAAGCUCAGUCAGUUACAGGUUGAGGCUGCACGAUUAGGUAUCUUACCAGUGGGUCGUGGAAAGACCAUGUCCUCUCAAGGUCGAGGAAGAGGCCGAGGUCGUGGAGGAAGAGGAAGGGGCUCACUAAAUCACAUGGUGGUGGACCACCGGCCCAAAGCACUAUCAGUUGGGGGACUCAUUGAAGAGGAAAAAGAUGAUUUACUUCAGCAUUUCUCAGCUGCAAACCAAGGGUCAAAAUUUAAAGACCGUCGGCUACAAAUAUCAUGGCACAAGGCCAAGGUGCCUUCUGUAUCCACAGAGACCGAGGAAGAAGAAGUCAAGGAGGAGGAAACAGAAACCUCAGAUUUGUUUUUGCCUGAUGAUGAUGAUGAAGAUGAAGAUGAAUAUGAGUCUCGUUCAUGGCGAAGAUGAAAUCUGAAACGAGCUGUAUAAUUUUUAGGAAUAUUUGUUUAGAAGAACAACUUUUAAAGUUAUUUAAAGACGUCAAUGAGCCAAAAAAAUUUUUUUUAUUUUUCUUUUCAACACAGUAGAUUUAAGGACAGCAAGUUUGCUAUUUAAACACAUCUCAUAACUGUUCAUGAUAUUAAAGCACCAAAGGCCUAGUGACUUUUACACAGUUGUGAAGAUCCACAGGAUGACAUGGAUAAUCUCUAGAGCCUUAUAUUUCCACACCACCUGUUUUGUUGCUAUUGGUGUUGGAUUAUGAUGUAAAUGACAGGGUGUUCAGAAAUUUUAUUUUGGAUUAUAAUCUGCUGAUAAAAUUUCUUUAAAUGUCAAAAUUGCCUGGAAUCUCUUAACUCUUAGCUAUUAUGGAUGGGUCGUCAGACAGUAGGAGACAUUUGUAAUUGCAAUACCCUUCUGCUUUCAAGAGUUGUCUUGGAAGAAAAGUACAUUUAUUUUCAUUUGUUUUUACUGAGGAGGAGCCCAAUUUGUAUUAAAUCUAAAUUUGGGGUGGGAGGUGGCUUAUGUGUAGAAGUACUGUUUUAGUGUAAACCAUACAAACUCUGUGUUCUUAAAUGCUAUAAGGUAAUGGAAGCUAGCUCUAUGGUAUUUUCCUUCUGUCAUUAUAUUAACUCUCCUGCACUUCUGUUGCUGCUGAUCCUUUACUUUGAAAUUAGUGAGUAUUGGUUCAGUUGGUUUGUGUUUUUGUUUUUCUAUUUUUAACAUUCUCAGAAUAUAAAAGGUUUUCACCCAUUGCCCUUUUCUCAAUCCCAUUUUCUUUCUUCUGCCUUUUUAUUACUAGGCCUGACUUACCCAUUAUUGAGAUACGUGAUUCUUUUGGGUCACCAAAAGUCAACCCUUAAUAAAAAGUUUAAACCAGCAAGCACCUUGAUAAAUGUUUAGAUGAGAAUAAUGGAAGGAUUUAUGGGGAAAGUCAGUCACUAGCUUUUUCUUUUUUAAUGCUUCAAUUUAGUUAAUAGUUACACAAAAGGGUUAAAAAGUGUCUGAAAUUCUUUUCCUAAAUUUAAACCAUGAUGGUGAGGUGUUUGGGUAGGGUAGGGUUGGGGUAGGGUAGGGGGAUGGGUAUGCUAGUAAUAAAUGGGAGUCAUAACUUGACUUUGAUCAGAUGACCUUAUUUUUUGAUAAUUUUGUAGCUUGUUACUAUCCAUGACAUAUGCAUCCUUCAGUAGAAAGUUUCUUUCACUGUGUGCAUUUUUACUGUACACUGUAUAGAGUAGAGUAUCUGUUAAGUAAAAUAUAUGUGUAAAUGUAUGUCCUUGUGUUCUGAAUGUUAGAUGGAAAAACAGGAGUAACACUACACUGUAUUGACCCCUGGGGAAAUAAAAUGAUUAAUGUACAUAGGAUGUCACUUUUUCAAGAGUAUACACAUCUAUGUUUUUAUGUACGUGUGGUGUGAAAAUUUGAAACUUCCUGUUGGCUUCAGAAAGUUCUUGGUGAUCACUAUAUCAAGGAUUUUGUUUCUUGAAGUAAGGACUGUUUCUUAAAAUAGAAACUAUUCACUAAGAAACUUAAAACCAUCAGGACUCUAAGUUAGCUACAAGAAGUUAAAUCCCACGUUCUGAUUGUCUCUUCUUUUCUACUUAUUUUCCUGGAAUGAUGUGUCAAACCAGGGUCAUUUUUAUGUUCAUUGUAACUUCCCCUUCGCAAUAAUAAGGACUUCCUCUUCCUAGGUUGUUAUUAAUAUUUCUGAUAACACUGAAACUAAAAUAAGCUUAUAAAAAGAUAAAAAUGUUACAGUGGGGUACCUAGAAUAAGCAAUCUUGCUCCUUCCUCCAUCAUCUCUAAUGAAAUUUUCUUGAUGUCUGUGGCUCAGUCGGUAUAUAUUUUGAAAGAUUCAUUGUGGUGAAUAUUUUGAGUCCUGACAGUUUAAACCUGAUAGAGGGAACAAAGGAUUUAUAUAUUUUUUGUACAAAGUUUUUUCUUAAACUGUAUAAUUUUGUAAAUAAUUUGUUUGGUUUUUUUGUGUACUAAAACUACCAGCGUAUAGAUUUCAAUAAGAAUUGUUGUAUUUUUGUAUUUGGAAACUGAAAAUUACAGUAAAUUAAUGGAGCUGUAAGAAAAUUUUCAGUAGACUGACAGUUCAACAGAAUGAGAUUCCUUUUCAUAUGGUUUUUUUUUUUUAACCUCAAAAUUGACAUCUUAUUACACUCUGUACAGAGAGAGUUGAGGAUUUGUUUGCCUUUUUAGUUAUUGGGAGAGAGGGGGGUGAAAGAGAAGAGUGUUACAGUGAAGAAUAGAUAGACACCUUUCCCAGUAAGAUUCUUAUAUAAAACUCCUUUUUCAAUACAUCUCAUAUAAGAUUAAAAUACGUUUUAAAUGUUCUAAGAAUUCUAAAACAAUUUUGACUCUCAAAAAUGAAUUCAAAAUAAUGAGUUAAAUAUAAUAUUAGAAAUUUUAAGUUAAUGUUAGCAUAAAAUAGUUGAAUAUAUAUUUUUCCUUUAGGAUUUUUUUAUCCCCAUCCUCAUAUCCCCAACUAUUAGAAUUUCUUUUUAAAAGUAAGUACCAUAACUUGUUUUCUUGGCAUCUUCAGUUACAGAUAUGACAUACACCAUCUGAGGCAAGCUGCAUUCUUUUUAAUGAAUGUGACGUCUAAGUUUCUAAGUAGCUGAUGACCAAUCCACCUAGGUCAGCCUGGUUUAUUAGUGGAUUGCUGCCCAAGCUUAAAAAGGUAACCCUAGGGAAUGCAGAAUUUUUUUUGCAUUUCUUCAUGUGGGAAAGCAUUGAUGAUAAAUUGGAAAACGGUCUUGUUAGGUUGAAACAAAGGUCCUACUGAUGGAUCAUUAUUUCAAAAAGAAGAAAAAAAUCAUGUGAAAAGGAAUAGUGGUUCUUCUUAUGUAUAGUAUGCCUGUAUUAUAGUUUUUACAAAAUUGUGAACUUGUGUAAUAGUAUAAUAGGAGAUAUUGUUGAAUUUCUAACUGUUUAUACAUUUAAAUUCAUAUAUGUAAUGUUUGUUUUAUCAAUUACAAUCUGAAUUUCUAAGAAGCAUGUUGACUUUUGCAAUAAAGAUGCAAUAUGGAAUGGUUCACAAUCAGAAAAAAAAAAAAAAAGAAAAGAAAAAAAGAUAAAAGUAUUAUGAAUUUAAAAGAAUUUGGAAAACUUAUGAACCAUUCCAAAAAUUAUAACAAUCACCAAAAGAGCUGUAAUUCUGGCUUGUUCUGGAAAGAAAGAAAAUGUGUGUGUAUGCUUGCUUAUGUGUGACCGUGAGUGAGUAGUGGAUAUGUAUGUGUGUUUUAUGUUGGGUUCAUGUACAUGAGAGAAUGCUGCUCUAUGAAACUGGGUAUUGAAGCCACUGGCUAUGAAAUACUCAGUAGAAUAAUUCCCUCAACAGGAUGGUCUUGGAAAUGAAAAAGAAGGGGAUUAAAAUAUUACUUGUAAGUUAGCUUUGAAAGCCAUAUUUCUUUGUUCAUGAUGGGUCUUGGUAUCCCUGAUAAAAAGCACAAACAAUUUUAUAAAAGCAAUUAUUUUAAUGCUACCUUGAUGAUAUUCAAUGUGCCUGCCAACCAUAGGAAGGACCUUUUUCUUUUUUCUUCUUUUUUCUAAAAUAUUUUUUUAUUGUUUUCAGAGAGGAAGGAAGAGGGAGAGAGAGAUAGAAACAUCAAUGAUGAGAGAGAAUCAUUGAUUGGCUACUGUUUGCACACCCCACACUGGGGAUCGGGCCCGCAACCCAGGCAUGUGCCCUGACUGGGAAUUGAACCAUGACCUCCUGGUUCCUAGGUCGAUGCUCAGUCACUGAGCCAUGCUGGCCACCUGGAAGGACAUUUUUCUUAAAUGGAAUAGAAAGAUGGGGAAAAAACACCUUGAAGAGAUGACUUCUAAUUGUGACCUCUAAUAGUAAAGAAUAACAAGAAGUAAUCUUACACCUUAAGGAUUCGGUGGGAGGUGAUGAGAAAGGAAAGUAUAUCACUUGGGCUCAUAUUUCUCAUUUGAAAAAUUUCUUAUAAAAUUCCCCUUGAAGUGAUUAUUCAUUGUCUAAGAAGAGUCAUUCUUUUAAUCUCAGCCUAUACAGGAAAUUACUAAAGAAUGGGAGUAAAUUUCAUUUUCAGUCUUUUCAAAUAAAUUUCAUCUGUAUUUUAUGAAUUUGGUAAAUGGAAAAUAAGCUGUGUGAUCAUUUGUUUUGAAUAGAUGAGAAUUUAUCCUCAUCUAUACAGGGUGUCCCCUCAAGAUGUAUAUACACUUCAGCAGCUGAUAGCUCAAUUUUGAAAAUGAAAUGUAUUUUAAUUAACACUGCCUUAAUAAUUAUUCAUAGUGAGUGUAUGCAUUUUUGGGUGACACCUCCCAUGUUUAUAAUAAUAAACAUUAGUUCUGGGAAGUUUAGUGGGGAUAAGCAUAAUUCUGAAAAUAGUUACAUCUGUUUAAUAUUAAGUCAAAUAUUUUACUAAAAUGGACCUCUCAUUAACAAAUUAUUGGGUUUAUGUGAUUUCUUAGUGAUUUUGAUGUAAAUUAUUCUAAAGCAAGGAUAAAUUUUGAAUCAUGAGUCCCAGUGUAUCUAGUGUAUCUAAUUACAUUACAGUAAACAGAAGGUAUGAACAUUUAUGUCAACACUUGAAAUGUUUGAGAUGAUAGAGUCAGGGUUGCUUUAAACAAGGGCAGACCUGCACAUUUUGUGUCAUUUUAGUGUCAGAUCUGUUUGAGGAGCCAAGGAGCACUGACUCGAAAAUAUAAGGCUAUUAACUGCUAUUGCAUGUGCUGUGAAUCACCUUCAUUUAUGCUAAAUUUAUUUUAUUGCCAAGUGAUCUCCUUUCUACAGGGUCUCUUACCUGGUUCUUUGAUCAACCUUAGGGUAACUAAACCAUCCCAGCAUUCUGAGAUAGGUGACUUGAUACAGGUGAAAUUAAGGUCAGAAUAGUGUUUGAUGACUAUUUGCCAAAUAAUUGCAGUUUGAAUCUACUCCUUUCUUAGGCUACUGCAAACAGAUUUUUUUUUCUCCUUUUUUUUUUGUGUGUGGAGUUGAUCAUUAAGCAUGAUAAACGUGGCUGUUACCUUUUCUUUUUAUUUAUUUAUAUUAUCUUUCUGUGAAAGAGGAGCAAGAGCUUGUUAGCUUGUUUUCCAUGAAAAUAAACCUGUAUUUCCUACAUCCCUUCAUUUUUCUAACCAUUUCAUAGAGUUCUAUUAUUUUGAUAUAGUGGUCCAUUUGUAAUUUAAAAUAAUAGUUAUUUUUUUAUAUAGAGGUACUGGUUUAGUAUUUGCUCAAAAUUAUUCUAAAUUAUUUGUCAGGGAGUCCAGGUGUGGAAAUAAAUCUUUUUAGUUGCCUAGCCCUUUUUCUAUUCUCAGUAUUGCUUUGUAAAAACCUUAUAAAAAGUGAAUGUCUUGUUAACAGUUUCCUAAAGUUCUUGUGAUUCCAUCUUUUCUCAUUUUCCCCCAGAGAGCUCUUAGUGUAAAAUAUUGAUAUAUUUCUCCCAGUAUUAAAUUAAAUUAGAUAAUAAGGGCUAAUAUAGACUUUGCCCAAUUAUUCUGGUUUCUGGAGGAUGAUUUGGCCUCAGGGUGAAUUCUUAGACCAAACGCUGCCUAUUUAUCUGUGUAAACACCUGUCCUGUAUACCAGUAAACUAUUGAGUUCUAGAUUCUGAACUAUCCUCCAACAAGAGAUUUAUUUAUGUAAGAUUCAAGUUUUUAACAUUUUGAGCCUGUAGGGGGCUCUAGGAGACAAAAUUUAGUUGGCCUUACAGCAGUGACUGAAUCCUUUUUUUUCCCUACAGCAACUUACAGUAAAAAUAUUUUGCAUUGUGAUACAGUAUACACACUUCCUCCAAACAAAAGUUUACCAAACAACACCCUUAUUACUCAAUAUGCAUGUGAUAUUAUUUAUUCUAUUAAUUUUUGGCAGGAUCCACUAUUUGACUUUCAAAAUUGCAGUUUGAAAAACACUGGCCUAUUGAGAUAUAGGGUAAAUUGGAUUUAAACAAAAAUUUUUUUAUUUCCAAGAAGAAGGGAGAGAGAGAGAAACAUCAGUAUGAGAUAAUCACUGAUUAGCUGCCUCCUGUAUACCCCCUACUGGGGAUUGAGCCUGAAACCCAGGCAUGUGCCCUGACCAGGAGUCAACCCAGCAAAUCAAAACAGGAAUCGAGACCUCCUGGUUCAUAGGUUGAUGCUCAACCACUGAACCACACUGGCUGGGCUGAAUUGGAUUUUUAAAUCACUCUUCCUUGCUGUAACAUUGUCAAUACAAUUUUGAGUGUAAAAUGAUGUAAUUUAACGUUUUGUAUUUUGCUUGGAAAAGUAGUCUAGAGUCUAAAAUUAAAGGUGAAAAAAUAU